AUGAAGCACGCGAAUUUUCGUGAAUUUCUGCAUUUUCACGACGUCGUCACGAUUUCCCGGAUUUUUUUUCACGACGUCAUUUUAAAAAAUAUGGACGCCCAGAAGAAGAAAAGACGCUCAAACUGGGAUUCAUCAGAAAUUUCAUUGCUAAGACAGUUAGUGGAGAAAAACUUAUUCACUAUAAGGAGCAAAUUUUCUAACAGUUUGACAAAUAGAGCAAAAGUUGACGUUUGGAGAGAUAUUACGGUACAGAUUAAUGCACUGGGGUUACAUGGUAGGACGGUGGCAGAAGUGAAAGUCAAAUGGCAAAACAUGCAGUCAAAUGCAAAAAAGACAUAUCAUGAUGUUCAGAGACACACCCAUCAAACUGGUGGAGGACCACCAGCAACACCCAUCAACCAGGAAAGUCAAAAAAUCAUAGAAAUGAUGAAAGACACGUCAAGUUUUGUCGGUUUGACGGGAGAAGAAAGUCCUGUGGACAAAGUUGUGUGUGAUACAGCAAGAAAGCUACCAAUAAACACAGAUGUAGAAGAGAUCGACGAAGACCAAGCAAGCCUGCCACCAACUCCAAUUCAACCAAUAAUUAGCAUCAGCAUGUUAGACAAGGAAAAGGAUCCUUUAUUGCCGGUAAAUCCACAAAAACGACCGCUGAAGAGUACUUCUUGUCCCAUCAUAGAGAAAAAGAUAAAACAAGAUAUAGUUGUAAAGCAGCAUGAAGUGUUAUGUAAACAGUCAGAAUAUUAUGACUUAAAAAACCAAAAGCUUAAAAUGGAAAUAGCCAUUCUUAGGUCACAGAUGGACAAACAUGAAUUGGCUUCCUCAGUAUGUGACUUGUUUGGACUUGAACUUUAAAAGAUAUUUUCUCGUUUACAUGUGACCUUGCGUG